AUGCCCCAGGAUUACCACUCACAAGGUAUUGCCCCCAUACCAAUCCAGACUUAUCCCCUAAUGCAGCCCGAGAUCGCAAUGAUGCCAUAUUCAACUGCUUCAAUGAUUUACCGCGAGUCUCCAUCGCCCGGCCUCAUGUUCGAUAAUAUCCCCUCGAGCGGCAUGACUGGCCUAAGCCCUGGGACCACAGACUCGAGCAUGAAGGAGACCGUCUGCUUCGGAAUGAUUCCUCGCAUACAUGCAAAAUGCCACCAAUCAGGCCCUUCAGACUUCCCACCGAAUUUCGCCGUGGAUCUCCAGUCAUGGGAUCGGUUCACCUCAAAACAUAAGAAUCUCAUUGUACAUGGAAGAAUUUCACCAGAGAAUGGACCAAUGAUUCAAGAGCUCUUGAAAGAUUCAUCGUUGGACCUCGAUGUCUCUUGCAGUAUCGACGGACCAAUUAGCUCUGCCAGACCUGACAGGUCUAUUACGCAGGUUUCUUGCUUUUUAUCCAUCACUAUCUACGGCCCUUUCGAGCUGUUCGACGACAUUGGGGAUUGGCUCCAAGAUAACCACGUUCAUCUUCAGGACCCAACAAACAUGGGCAGCCAGGAUGUCAAGUACUGCAACCCUCACCGACUUUCAGUGGAAGACAUUGGUUCUUGUCUUUUAGUGUCGACAUGCAUCUUGCAAAAUUCAAAGCUCAGUGGCCUCGAGGAGAUUGGUGAUCAGCCUGACUACUUGGAUAUCUUAAGCAGUCAUGUUGAUUUGGAAGAAGCAAUGCAGCCCGAAGCAGUCCGGACAAGCCUGCAGAGGCACCAAAAGCAAGCGCUCACCUUCAUGCUCGAUCGAGAGAAAAGUUGGACAUUUGAUAAAGAUGGUGACAUCUGGGAGGCUCGAGACACCCACGCAGGACUUCAAUUCAUCAACAAGGUCUCUGGUGCUGUCCAUUCCGACGAGCCACCACCCUUUCGAGGCGGCAUCAUUGCGGAUCCAAUGGGCCUCGGGAAAACGCUGACAAUGAUUGCUCUUGCGGCCACGGAUCUGGAGCCGGCUCAGCACGGAGCUUGUUCAAUGGUCGAUGUUUCGGCUGGAACGAGUCACAAUGGCGCGACGCUUAUCAUCGUCCCUCCCCCACUACUCGGCACCUGGCAAGAGCAGCUGUCUGAGUAA